AUGGCGGCAACAGCGCUGCCUCUGGAGCUUCAGCAGCAAGUCUUUUCGUUCCUCGAUACAAAAUCUUUCUACUGUGCGCGCAAGGUAUGCAGAUGGUGGCAUUUUGCGUCGACCGAAGCCGUACCUCUCGCAAGGCAGCUGAGAAAGCUUCCAAUUCUGCCUCCUGUUCACGCGUCCGACUUACAUCCUGCCGAGAUCCAGGCUCUUUUUGGCCAAGCUGCGCGCGAUCUCAUGUUAGGCGUCAAAAUCGAUCGCGCCCACGACAAGCCGGGCACGCUAUCCAAAGCAUUGAAAUUAGGCUUCCCAUGUCAUCCUCGAGUUCAGGCGACAAAGAAUGGCGACAGAACGGUAACGCUGAACGGUCGAACGAUCGCAUUAUUCGAUACAUCUGGUGGUCAGCCAGAGAUGCUAGCACAGAGGACGCUGAACGACUUGAAAGAGACCGUAGGAAGCGGGCCGUGGCUGAAAGUUCAACCCAACUCUUACCAUGAAUUGGCCCUAUCGUCGGAUGGUAGACUUCUGGCGGUGGCACAGGAAAGGACAAUACAGGUGUAUGACUUGCUUGCCGAGCCGGACAGCUUUACAGUCAACGAAUAUAUUUCAAGCGCGACGGGACACUAUAUUUGUGGACUUGACUUCGAACAAGAUGAUCAUGUGCUUCGAGUGCGUCUCAGUGGAAAAGGCGCGGUUUUAUAUCUUGGAACACCCCCAGCCGGCAAGAGCAGAGGCGACAAGGCGAAGAUGGAUCAUUGGAAGAGCAGAGGGGGGUUGAAGCACACGUUUCUGGAUUCAUCGCUGUUGCAACUGCCUGGUGAAGCUGCAGAAGAACUAGGUCAGAUGGCAAGGAUAUCUGGUGUCCAGUUGUUGCGACCUUUCGAGAAUGGUUGGCUUAUUGGCAUGCAGAAGCAUGGCGGCGGCGAGAGCAGCUAUUACGCGCUCGGCCACGUUGAGACUACAAGUGCAGGAGUGCCAGGUAGUGUGACUGAGCUCAGUCGCCUGGAGAGCUUCCUCAGCAGUUGGAAUUUCACGAUCAGUGCCCAGUCUGACGAUCACGGCUUGGGUCUAUGGGAGAACAUGCCAAGCGCACAUGAGCACCACCCCACAUAUGCCCUUUCUGAGAGGGGCGACUUUCUUGCACUGGCCGAAAGGGACAAGAAGCGCAUCCGCCCUUGCCCAUUGACGCAGCUCUUCGUGUACAGACUUCCGAUCGAGAGCGAGCUUCGUAAGAAAUUGAAAUUGAGCCAGAGAGCGGCAGAAAAGAGCGGGAAUGAGGUCUUGGCCUCAGCGCAAGCUCUGGGCGCAGCAGCCAACAUGCCCCGGAGCGGCAAGCAUACGAUCCCAAGAAUACCUUUGUGUCUUAGCACCAUUCUUGGCGAUGUCACAGCAUUGAGCUUCUCGAGUGCAGACGAGGAGAUAUUCAGUCAGAACUUGGCGGCUUCAGGAUUUUUGAUUGAUGAGGGGACGACUUUCCAACGUUGGGUCCAGGGCUUGCGGAAUCUGGCGGGCGUCAGGUGGUUGGUGAUCAAGGAUGGGUAUGUGGCGUUUAUGAGCGAAUUGAACAGAUAUCAUCCUGAUGAUCGACCUGAUUUCCUCACCGCGCACAUGAUUAUUAUAGUGCAGUGCUUCUUAUUCAGCGAAGCGAGGGAUGCUGAUGCUGGCGGUCGAAAGACACUGCCGACAACGGUUUCCGGAAUGAAGCAGACAGGUGCAUGUACGGUAUGUGACAGCACAACUUUGCGCGUCAUCCGUCGUGAUGAGCGGUUCGGCCGGCGACGGGGGUGCGUCAACACACUCGUGGCCAAAACUCGUAGCUCUGUUACGCGAGAUGCCAGGCUGGGCUAUCCCGACUCUCCGACGCUAACCGUCCAUAGCUGUUGGCUGUUUUCGCAUACUGCCCUACAUGUAUGUCUGCAAUUGGCAGCUAAUACCUAG